AUGAACUUCCUCACUUCCCUUCUCUUGCUGGCUACCACUGUCAUCGCAGCUCCUGUCGAUACUGCCAAGGAGUCAAAGCGCUUCCACCUUAAGUCUACCGGCGCCACCAAUGCGAACCACAACAACCUAUAUGUCUAUGCCUACCACACGGGCGCAGGUCUCAAUGACGCAGUUCUCACCAAGGAUGUUGGCACGGCCAGUCCUAUCUAUCUGAAUGGCACAAACGCACUUUUCGAUUUGAAGUCUGAAUUCCCUUGGGGAAUGAUCGCCACUGGGGAUACCAACUAUGCUUCUUGGGAACCUAUUGUUAUCAACGCUGGCAGCGAGGGCAGCGAAGGAUACUCCAUCAAGGGCAACAACUUCCAAUGGUCGGAACAGAACGGCUUCGGAGGCUGGCUCGUCUGUGAUUGGUUCCACAAUGCGCCCCAGCUAUUCUACCUAAACCGCUUCUACGAAGCCACCAUCCCCUCCUCCUGCUCCAGGGUCCAAUUAAAGACCGAAUACAUCUAA